AUGGAUCUUCAAGGCACUCCUCUUCCUCCCACCAACCGUGGCACCAAGGUCACCCACGAUCCUCGUUCACAACAGCCCGUCGAAGAACCAUCUGGUCCUGUAACCAAUGAUUCGCUUGCCGCCGAGUCUGUCCGCCACGGUGGCAGCUUCUCUGCCAACCGUGGUGCCGAGCCCAUGGGCGUCUCAGGAGACCAAUCCACAGUAAACAACACCGACGUCUCCGCCUCCAUCAAGCUUCCCUCCGCCCAAACCGCCGCUCAACGCCAGGACCGUCAUGAGGAACAGAAGUACCCCGAAUGCGUUGUCGGCCAAGGCAACUUCCCUGGCACAAUGUCAGAAAACGGGUAUGCCGGUGGUCCAACUGCAACCAAGAAGGAAAUGGGCAUCAAAGCUGGCGAAUAUUCUACCACCGGCGGCAGUGGUGGUAGGAGUCAGCCCAACGUCGGCGCGACCGAAAUUAACCGUGGUGGCUUGCCCUCCGACAAUUCUAAGAAUGUCAGCUUCGAUUCUGAGAUCGGCUCCAGCCAGGACCCUGGCCGUGAGGCUAUCAACCGAUUUGAGCGCAGUAAUGCGCACAGUGCUUAUGACUCCGCCCGCCCUCAUCAGAAGGGUGCUGAUGGCCAUACUGUAUAUGAGCACCUACAGAGUGACCAGCGUAUUUGA